AUGAAUUUCUUCACAUCAAUUUUCUCCUACUCCGACAAUGCGCACCAGAUCGAAUUGCAAGAGGAAGCGAAUCGCGAUUCCUUGCCGCCCCAGCGCCGAUCCGUUUCCUCCGGCGCGGGCGCCGGCGCGUGGGAAAUCGGUGGUCUUUGGAAAACACUGAGCGCGAAAUCGGAAUCCAUUAUAGAGAUAUACCGUCGUGACCUGCAGGAAUUCGGCACCGGUUUGAAGAAGGAGAUUGAGGUGGCUCACGGUUCUCUAGGGACGGUGGGUCACGUCAUCGACCAGUUCGGGAACACCGUGGCGGAAGGCACCGCUCACAUCAUAUCUCAUGGCAAGGACGCCAUGGUCCUCGAUUCUGAGUCCUGGAAUAAUGAUAAUACGAAAAACAAGCACGGUACGGAAAAGAAGAACUUCAAUUCGAAGCGCUACAGUAGGUUUGACGCUCAGGUUGGGGCCAUUCAGGUUGAUGUUAGUAGUUACACCGAAGUGCCUGAGGAUUUGGAUGGGUAUGAGAAGUGGAAAUCGGGGUUUUCGUUGGAGGGGAAGAGAGAGGAAAUGGAGGUGUUGCUAAGAGAGAAUGAGGGUAUGGAGAGUGUUUACAAGGGGGUUGUGCCUAAUGUUGUUGACCGUGAUACGUUUUGGUGUAGGUAUUAUUAUAGAGUUUAUAGGUUAAAGAAAGCUGAGGAUGUGAGGGUCAGGCUCGUGAGGAGAAUGACGAGGGAAGACGAGGAGUUGAGUUGGGAUGUUGUUGAAGAAGAUGAGGAGGAGGAGGAUAAUGAGAAUAAUGUGGAGAAAGAAGGAUAUUAUACUGGAAUAAAGAGAUUGAAUGUGGAACAGAUGUAUAAGUCUUGUGAGGAGGGGUCUAAGGAAGAAAAGAAAGGUAAUUUAUUGCAAAGCGAGGGAAUCGGUGAUAAGAAGGAUGAGACUGUUGAAGAAUCAAAGGUUGACAAGAGUAAAAAGGAGAUGGAUUAUGGGAGCAAAAAAAGUGUGGACGAAGUGGAUGACACUGAUAACAUGAAUGAUUCUGAUAAGAAAGUGAUUAUGGAAAGGAAGGUUGAUGAUGGAAAAAAUUCAUUGGUUGCAAAUAAGCACCCUGGGAAUGAGAAGGAGGAGGAGUUUGAGUGGGAUGAGAUUGAGAAUCUUAGUAGAAUUGAUGAAGAGAAGGCAACUCAGACAGGGAGCCCAACCAAAGUUGAUUUGCGUAAGCGCCUCAGUACCGCACAAGAAGAAGAGGACUUGAGUUGGGACAUUGAAGACGAUGAUGAUUAG